UUGCUUAAUUAAAUCAAUAAAGCCAAUGUUGACUAUUUGCUUUGGCGAUUUUGGAUAACAUUAUAAAUGGAAAUAAAGCAAACGAUGGGGGGAAAAUCUACAAUAUUACAGAUAUUCUUUAUUCAACUUGUGAUUAUGACGAUUAAGAGUAGCGUUUCUUUAAAGUUAAGCAAUGACGUCGAUGUUCAAGAAUUGUCUAGUGCCGUGAGUCUAUUUUCUCAAGACAUGUACUGGAAUUUAGCCAACAAAUCAGACAAUGUACUUUUCAGUCCACUGGGAAUCCAUGCCGCACUAUCCAUGACGUAUCUAGGGGCCAGAAAUGAAACAAGGGAUGUUAUGGAGAAGGCAUUAGAGAUAAUUGAUAUACCUGAUCCCCAUUCAGCUUAUAAUGACUUACUUCAAGAUCUUAAAGACGUCAUUGAUGUGAAAAUACUUCUAUCCAAUGGUUUGUGGGUUAAUCCAGCAUCCUCAUUACUUCAGCAGUAUAAGAAAAACGUUUUGACGUUGUAUGAGGCUACUAUAGAAGAUAUUGACUUCAGUUUUCCAGAAGGACCUGAAGCUUCAAUCAACAAGUGGCUAUGGUACAAAACAGGAAUAAAUACGUCCUCAAUGUUCACAAAUGGAUAUAUUCACAGAAAUACCUCUCUAAUACUCAUCAAUACAUUUAUCUUCAUUGCCAAAUGGCAAUAUCCAUUUCCAAAGGAAAUGACUAAAAAAAGAAUGUUCACAAAGUUGAAUGGAAUUCCUGUUGCAACGGAGUUCAUGUCUUACAGCUCAAUCUACGCUUUGAAGCUAAACGCCGUCAAAAAUGUCGAUGUCAUAAGAGUACCAUUUGAAUACGAAGGCUUUGGAUUGUACAUUGCUCUACCCAGAUCUUCUAAAGGACUCCACGAGCUCGAAAGCAUCAUUACUAAUGAAAAUUUUGACGUUCAUGACCUGUUUGCUAAUUUAAGAAUGACCAGCGUCCAUUUGUCGAUGCCAAAGUUUAACUUGACCGCCACGCUAAAUUUCAACUUGGCACUCUCAAGUCUAGGAAUGUCUGAAGCAUUUACCAACACUUCUAAUUUUUCCGGAAUGUCUAAUACUCGUCUUCGCUUAUCCGAUGUUGUCCAAAAAACGACUGUCCAGUUUUCAGAGUCAUAUAUGACAACUCCUUCUUUUUUUAAUACUAAUAUUAGCAUUCCUGUUAACAACUCAUCAGCCCUUGGCGAUGUUAAUUUUAUAGCCAACCACUCAUUCUUGUAUUUCCUUCGUGAUGAUAUCAAUGACUUGAUUUUACUGCAAGGGAAAUACUCUGAUCCUGAAAUUCAAGAGAUAAUUGUGAAGUGAAGUAAAAUGUUUUCAUUAUUUACAAUUGAAACAUUAAAGAUAUUUUUGUAACAAAUA